AUGGACGCACCCUUAACCCAACAGUCACGGCCAAACUCGUUCGAACCAAAGAUCACCCAGCUGUACCUUCAGCUCUUCAAUGUGCUGGCGAACGAGGAAGCCGCCGACUCUGUGCCAUCUGAAGGGUUCUGGAGAGAGCUUUUCUUGCUGAGACCCGACAAGCAGCGGCUCUAUGAUAUCCUCGAACCGUUGACGGCCUCCGACCUGAUGCACAUGCAAAUCCAGAUGCGAACGUUCUUCAAACGAGCGGUCGGCGAAGCGAACUCUGGCAUGUCUCCUAGAAACGGAAAUGCCCUCGACAAUCUCAUAGCUUUCUUGUGCGCGGUCUUCAAUAAGAAGUACCCAAAUCCGAACACCGACAUCAUCGACAUCUUUGCUGGGCUGGAUGAGGUCGAUCGACUCAUGUCUGACUUUGUCCAGGGUUUGGAAUCCAUCGUGAGGCAGUCAAGCGAGGACGAGUUGCGCAUCAAGGCAGUCGAGACUGUGCUUGCCCUUGUUGCUGGCGGAUUCCAAACAAGCCUCGUCACCUACUUCAUGCACCGUGACCUCUUUCCCGCCUUGAUGAAGUACGUUCAUGACGUCCAUGAGAGUUCCAUUCACGGACCAAGAGCUCUCGUGGUGGUCGGCAUCCUGUCCAGCUACAACAAGUUCGAGGCCCAGAACGUGUACCAAAACCGGCUUCAAGACUUCGUCAACGAAGCAACAAUUCGCCUGCUGGUCCUCAACUCAGCCCACGCUUGCGCAAAUAUUCGAGAUCAGUACAUUGCGGUGCAAGAUGACUACCCGGCACCAUGGACUUUGAAUUCCACUCUUGCCCUCGUCGGGCUUCGAGCAUUGACAAGCGACGCACAGAAACCAGCGCCGCCCACGGAAGAGGAAGCGAAAGCGCGAUUUACUGCUUUGCCAGAACCAGAUGCUACCUGUACCCUUUCGCUGUAUUCCUGCGUGCAGGCAAACAAGUUGUUCGCCGCUAGUCUUUUGAGUUUGCCCGCCAGCGAAGAUGGAGAAACGCCAUUCUCCGCUUUCUUGUCGAUGACUUCCUACAUCUCACAUCAUGCAUACAGGGGCCCGCGACAGGCCACAUAUGCCGUCUUUGGUCUGUUGUGCAUCAGAAUCACAGUGGAGGAUCCUGUGCUGGUGAAGAGAUUGUGCUCCGCAGACUCGAAAACGGUGUUCCGAUUAUGUCGACAGAGGGCUCCUCAUCUUCCCCUGAUCACGUCAGCAAGGAUUCCCGCAACAGCAAUUCUUGACGUGUGCACAGAUAUACUCAGUCACAAUCUGCGGAAGAGACUGGACGUCCAUCUGUACGGCCUGGCACUGGGCAUAAUUCUGCGCGUCGUCACGUACCUCGAACAGACCAAAACACGUCUCCAGCACCACUGGGCUUACGUCUGGGGCUCGCUCUUGUCGCUCAUGCGAUUCUUGACGCAAUACGCCGGGGACCUGGGACAUGUUCCGGGCAUUCAGGAAGACUUGUGUGGCACACUGACAAGUUUGACAGCCUUUUGCUUGUCCAAGGGUGAUGGAUUCUUGCCCGAUCCCGCCAGCUUUGAUGACUUCUUCUACAAGCUCAUCGAAGCGAAUGACGUCCUGCACAAGUUCAAGCAGGCAUAUUGUGACAGAAGUACGCGGUCCGAGAAGUUGAGAAGUUCCGUGGAAGCUCUGAUAAGCGUCUCGUCGCACUAUCACGACCUGCUGAAGGCACAACAUAGCAAGAAGACACAUCAAUCACCAGCAGCCAUUCAGAAGGUCAUCAAAGAAGGGUACGAGACGUUGAACAUGGAGGCUGACCGUACUUUCGGAGAAUGGGAGAGAUGGCGGGAAAGCAGCUGGAAGGCCGAGCUGAAGAAGAUGACCAGGAUCGCUGUUGAGGAUGCAAAUAUUCUUUCCAUGAGGUGA